UGUAAACAGUAGCUAUGCUGUGGGUUUAGCCACGAUUUUAAUGUGUUUUGUCGAGUUUCUUUGUAUUUUUAGUUACAUUUUUUUAAUAUAACAACGUGUUUUUCUUAACAUGUCACGGUCUAAACAUCGUCGUUGGAACCAAAGUGCCAAGCUAUUGUUAUUACGUGUUAAGCUAACGUUAGUAAACGUUAAGUAGCGACAGAUAAAAUAUGAUAGUGUAACUUUGGGUUUGGUCAGAGCAGGGUUGAGACUAAACAUAACCAGGAGUGCUGGAUGUAAAGGACACCAUGAUUAAGUGCUUGCCUAUAGACGUCCAGGGGAAACUUCGCUCCGGUGUCGCCGUCCCCUCCCUGCAACAGUGUGUGGAGGAGCUCGUCCUCAACAGCAUCGAUGCCGGGGCGACCUGUGUGGGGGUCAGGGUGGACAUGGAGUCACUCAAAGUUCAGGUCAUCGACAACGGCGCCGGGAUGAGUGACGAGGACAUGGACUGUGUGGGGAACCGGUACUACACCAGCAAGUGCAGCUCUCUUGAAGACUUGGACAACCUGAGGUGGUACGGUUAUAGAGGAGAAGCCCUGGCCAGUAUAUUAUCUGUAGCAUCACUUGUUGAAAUCUCAUCCCGGACCAGGUCAUCAGUGAAAACACACGUGAAGAUGUUUAAGAACGGCAAAGGCAUGGCUGUCUUCGAGGCAGAGGCUGUUCGACCCUCUGCAGGGACAACUGUUGUCAUUUGUAGUUUCUUCCACAACAUGCCAGUGAGGAGAGGGAGGGUGGAUGCUGUCCUGGAAGUAGAGAGGAUCAGACACAGAGUGGAGGCUAUUUCUCUCAUGCAUCCCUCUGUGUCCUUCACCCUGAGGAAUGACUGCACAGGAGCCAUGAUGGUACAGCUCAGUAAAGCCAACAACACAUACCACAGGUUUGUUCAAAUACACAGCAGCGAGCGAGCAAAGAAACUGGGAGAAAUUGCCUUUGCACAGAGGCAUUUUGAAGUGACUGGUUACAUCUGCAGAGAGGGCCACUACAACAGUAGCCUACAGUUCCUGUAUGUAAAUAGUCGACUGCUGCUGAAGACUCGGAUACACAAGUUGUUGAACUUUCUCCUGCGCAGACUGAGCAGUUCAAAUCAGAAAAGUGACAGUCCGGAUGGGCAGUCUGGACUCAGGAGUCCAAAGCACAAGCGAAACCAAGAGCUGCAUGGCGUAUACAUCAUCAAUAUCAAAUGCCCCUACUCUGAGUAUGACAUUUGUCUUGAUCCCACUAAAACGCUAAUAGAGUUUAAAGAUUGGGAUGGUGUUUUGUUCUGCAUCGAAGAGGCAGUGAAAGAUUUCCUCCGCAGGGAGAAUUUGUUAGAUGAUUUGGACUCUUCAUCCCAAGAGGAGGACAAAAGUGGCAACGGUGAACAAGCAAGAGGUUCCAUGCUGGACUGCAAUGCUGGGAUAACACUGGCAUCUGAAUCUGUUCAUCGUGCACUCAAAGAUGUCUGUGUUUCAGAGGACAGUGUUUGCCACGAGUCGGGUCCAAAGCUAUGUAAAGGAGUCGAGGCUGAAAAAAUACAAAAUGACGGAUAUGCACACAAAGACUGCAGAGAUGUUCAGCUGGAACCUGCGUCUGAGGAAGAAACAUUCAAUAAAGCGGAAGGCUCAAGUUCAGUCAGACCACAAGAGAGUGAAUUAAAAGAAACACUGAACAAUACUGCCUCAACCAGCAAUGUAACCUUACCCGGUGACAUCACUGGAGAAAUGGAGAAUCAGCCUGAUGUAUACAGUAAUAAGCCAGUGUUACCUGAUUGUCAGGAUGCAGGGGGUCACAAAAAGAUCAGUCUGUCUGACCCAUUCAUACAUGAAAAGCUGUAUGAAAGUCUGACUCCAAGCCUGUCCCGUAUUAACAAACCAGUAUUUCUGCAGCAAAAUCUGACACAGAAAGCAGUGGAGCGAUCUUCUUCUUCUUCUUCUUCUUCAAAGAGCAACAUUUCCCUGGAUUCAGACCAAGACAGAUGCAACAACUUUGUGCCUGUCAUUCCCCCAAAGAUUCCCAGAAUUGAAUCUUGCCGGAGGUUGUCGUUAUGGAAGGAGUCUGGAUCGCUUGACAAAUUUAGAAGAAUAUUUGCCAAAUCAGAUGAAAAGAAAUUGCCCUCUCUGGAGACAUGUUUGCAGAACAGUACUAGACUUCCUCAGACCAACAGUCUCAUUUUUCAUCCCAGGAAUCCAUUGGAAGAUCAGCAUGAUGGUAAUGUUACACAGACACAGAGAAGUGAGUUACUAAGCAGUUUCCAAGACCCCGUUUUCAGAGCGCAAAAAGACUCCUCCACUAAAAGCAGACAAUCUUUGGCUGCUAAAAUCUGCCAUUUGAAACGACACAGGCCAGUGGGUUCAAACAUGUUGCCAGGCGUUUAUGAAACUACCUCACAGGACAAUAUCUGUCUCGAGAGUAGUGGCCAUGACAUCCAAGACAGUAACAACAAUGGCAAUCUCUGUGAUACUGCACUUCAUCACAAACCAGUCUCAGGUUGCAAUACAAGCCUUCAAAUAUCUGAAGAGGGAGAGGACACAUCAUCAGAUGACUGGAUCCAUCACUUCGAUGCAUCUGUGGGGAAGACGGUGUAUGUCAACAGAGUGACCGGCCUGAGCAAAUACAAAGAGCCGUCUACUGAAGAAACACAUGUGCGCUGCACAUCUGAUGUCACCAACAUGGCGGUCAGUGUCGUCUCUGAAACUGGGAUGGAAUACAGAUGUUACCCGUUUCAGAUGGAUAUAGUUUUGCCCUUCCUGCCUAAAUCCAGGACAGAGAGAGUGAUUAGUUCAGGGCUUGAUGGCAAAGAUGACGGCGAGGAGAGCUCUAAUUCACUUUCCUCAUUGUACUCAAAGUGGAAUAACCCCGUGUUUGUCCGACCUCCCAUGGUUGGUGUGGACAUCUCAAGUGGGCAAGCUGAUGGACUGGCUGUAAAAAUCCAUAAUAUCCUGUUUCCAUACCGCUUUUCUAAGGCCAUGAUUAAGUCAAUGAAGGUUAUUUGCCAGGUGGAUAAGAAGUUUCUCGCAUGUCUUAUCAACACAAGAGACGAGGAACCUGCAGUGCACAAUGAAUCUGAGGGAAAUCUUCUGGUGCUGGUGGAUCAACAUGCCGCACAUGAGAGAGUUCGACUUGAAAAUUUGGUUGCAGAUUCCUAUGAAGAGGCUCCAAAUGCAUCGGGGGAGAGACGUUUGCGUUCCUCAAAUAUUUUGCCACCUCUUGAGAUAAGUGUAACAGAGGAGGAGCAGAGGCUGCUGAGGUCUUGUCAGGCACAUUUAGAGAAUUUGGGGCUGGAGUUGAAGUACUCGCAGGCAGCAGAUCCACAAGUGUUUGUGGGGAAGGUCCCACUGUGCUUCAUGGAAAGAGAGAAUAACGAGCUGAAGCGCGGACGACCAUCUGUUAUCAAGGGUAUCGUUGAGGAGUAUCUCCGAGAGCAGACCGAGUUACUCCGCUCAGCUGGUAGAGUGAGGGGAACUUUGCCUCUCACUGUGCUCAAAGUUCUUGCCUCCCUAGCUUGUCAUGGUGCCAUCAAAUUCAACCACAGCCUGAGCAGAGACGAAUGCCACAGUUUGGUCGCAUCCUUAUCGUCUUGCCAGCUGCCCUUCCAGUGCGCCCAUGGCCGUCCUUCCAUUAUUCCUCUGGUAGACGUUCUCCAUUUGGAUAAAGAGCAGCAGAAGGAACCACAGAAACCGAAUCUCCAAAAGCUGAGAAGAAUGCAUAAAGCGUGGGAACUAUAUGGAAAUAGAUGAGUGUGUGUGUGUGUAUUUUACUGUGAAUGUGUGGAUAAUUGUCAGCAAAAUGAAUUGUAACUCAUGAGAAAACAAGAUUAAUAUUGAUUAAUAAAUAAUAUAUUGUCAUAAA